CAUUUUCCCCAACUGUCCCUGCUCGCACUCAGUCGGGAUUUCGGAACUACCAGCACCGAGUCAAAAAAAGAACGGGGGCGCUUUUUGGAAUUAAACUACACGGUUUGGUGUGGUUUACGUCAUCUAGUUGAGCGAAGGAGGGACUUUGUGCAUGAAUUCAAUAUGGCAGUGUUUCAAUGAGGUUGUGUUUCUGAAGAAGACUGAGUGAACCAUGGCCCAGUUCCCCACAACAUUCGCGGGUCUAGACGUGUUCCUGAUCUCGGUGGAUGAGAGAGCCAAACAUGACCAACAGUUUCACAGCCUCUCUCCCACUGCAGGGGGAUACAUCACGGGGGAUCAAGCCAGGAACUUCUUCCUGCAAUCCGGACUGCCGCCACCCAUCCUGGCCCAAAUCUGGGCCCUGGCUGACAUGAACAAUGACGGCCGUAUGGACAUCCAUGAGUUCUCCAUCGCCAUGAAGCUCAUUAAGCUUAAACUCCAGGGACACCCCCUCCCUUCCGCGUUACCCCCCAGUAUGAAACAGGCCCCACUGUCUCUACCCCCGCAGGCUGGCUUCGGCAUGCCCGCCAUGGCGCCCAUCGCCACUGCUCUGCCGGGCGUGCCCCCUCUUCCGCUCCCUCCUCUACCCGUCGGCGUCUCGCCGCCUCUGGUCUCGGCGGCGGCGGCGCCCAUGGCCAACGGAGCCUCAAUCACAGGCGUGAUGCAACCCAUCUCGGGCUUCUCCCACCCAGGUGACGUGUCUCGGCCAUCUUCAAUCAACAAGGCCUCUUUCAACCGCUCCAGCACCAAAUUACAAAAGGCUCCAUCGUUGGAUGCCGCCAGCGCUCAGCCCCCCGUCGACUGGGCCGUCCCUCAGUCGUCGAGGCUCAAGUACAGGCAGCUCUUUAACUCCCACGACAAAAUGAUGAGCGGACACUUGACUGGUCCACAGGCGCGUACCAUCCUCAUGCAGUCCAGUCUUCCUCAAGGGCAGCUGGCCUCAAUAUGGAGUCUGUCCGACAUCGACCAGGACGGCAAGUUGACGGCGGAGGAGUUCAUCUUGGCCAUGCACCUCAUCGACAUGGCCAUGUCCGGCCUGCCUUUGCCCCCCGUGCUGCCGCCAGAUUACAUCCCGCCCACAUUCAGGCGUGUGCGAAGUGACAGCGUGCAGUCGGACCAGAAGAGCGUCCCUGAGGAGGCAGAGGAGGAGGUGGAGAGCAACCAGGACAAGAAACUCCCAGUUACGUUUGAGGACAAGAAGCGGGAGAACUUUGAGCGGGGCAACUUGGAGUUGGAGAAGCGACGCCAGGCCCUGCAGGAGCAGCAGAGGAAAGAACAGGAGAGGCUGGCGGCGCUGGAGAGAGAAGAGCAGGAGAGGAAGGAGCGCGAGAGGCUGGAGCAAGAGAGGAGGCGACAGCAGGAGUUGGAGAAGCAGCUUGAGAAGCAGAGGGAGUUGGAGAGGCAGCGAGAAGAGGAGAGACGCAAAGAAAUCGAGAGGAGAGAGGCCGCAAAGCGUGAGCUGGAGCGCCAGAGGCAGCUGGAGUGGGAGCGGCAGCGUCGACAGGAGCUUCUCACUCAGAGGAACCGAGAGCAGGAGAGCAUUGUUCUCCUCAAAGCCCGCAAGAAGACCUUGGAGUUUGAACUGGAGGCGCUGAAUGACAAGAAGAGCCAGUUGGAGGGCAAACUGAAGGACGUCCGCUUCCGUCUGUCGGCUCAGCGCAGGGAAGUGGAGCAGACCAACCAGACCCGGGAGACGCGCAUUGCCGAGAUCACGCUGUUGCAGCGGCAGCUGCAAGACUCCCAGCACUGGCUCGGGAGUCUCAUUCCUGACAAGCAGACUCUCAACGACCAGCUCAAACAGGUUCAACAGAGCAGCCAGCACCGCGACAGUCUUUCAUUGCUGCAGAAGGCUGUGGACCAGAAGGAGUCCAGCAGACGGCAGCUCAAAGAGCAGCUGGACACCGUGGAGAGGGAAACCAGGGCCAAGCUGCUCGAGAUCGAUGCUUUCAACACUCAGCUUAAGGAGCUGAGAGAGAUCCACAGCCGGCAGCAAAGGCAGAAGCAGAAGGAGCCGGAGGGAGACGCACACUCGAUGACGCAGGCGCCGAUCGACAGGCCGUCUGCCGAGUUGCAGGAAAGCAGGUUGUCCUCAGACAAAACUCUGACUUGGAGGAACGACGACGCAGGCAGUUCCGCCCUAAAGGCUCCCAGCCCCGCACCCGCCUCGCACGCUUGGCUCAACCGGGUGACCCAGGAGGAAGAGGAGAGGAAAAGGCGAGGCCCGGAGGACGACGCGGAAGGUCACAAGACUGCUGCAUCCGUGGAGGAGAAGGACGAGGACGCCCGGGGCAAGAAGGACAUGCAGGAGGAACUCAGUAAGCUCUUCAGCCAGCCGGUCGAUCCCUGGGCUUCGACAGCAGAAAAGGCUCCAGUGGCAAGCCUGUUUGAGCAGAAGGCAGCAGGCAGCGGCUUUGAGCAACAGCGGCCGGCGGCGGUAAAGGUGGUCUACUACAGAGCGCUGUACCCCUUUGACGCUCGCAGCCAUGAUGAGAUCAGCAUCGCCCCCGGUGACGUCAUUAUGGUGAGGGGGGAAUGGGUGGACGAGACUCAGACGGGGGAGCCCGGUUGGCUGGGCGGAGAGCUCAGGGGACGAACCGGCUGGUUUCCGGCCAAUUAUGCUGAACGGAUACCGGACAGCGAAGCGCCUGUCAGCCUGCGGGCGACUGCUUCGGCCACGCCCACUUCGGCCUGGCAGCCCGUCAGCACGCCGCCCCCCGCACCUGGGCAGACCUCAUCCGCGCCGUCUGCCAACAGUAACUGGGCCGACUUCAGCACCACAUGGCCAUCAAACAGCAACAGCCAGAUGGACAGCGAAGGAUGGGACGCGUGGCCCACCUCCUCCGCCGCUCAGAAUCCGUCCCUCAGCGUCCCAUCAGCUCAGCUGCGACAGCGUUCGGCGUUCACGCCGGCCACCAUGACCACGGGGUCCUCGCCCUCCCCCGUGCUCGGCCAGGGGGAGAAGGUGGAGGGAUUGCAGGCUCAGGCCUUGUACCCCUGGAGAGCCAAGAAGGACAACCACCUCAACUUCAACAAAAACGAGAUUAUAACGGUGCUGGAGCAGCAGGACAUGUGGUGGCUGGGAGAGCUCCAGAGCGGACAGAGAGGAUGGUUCCCCAAAAGCUACGUGAAGCUCAUCUCUGCCACCAUGACGCCCCCACUCGCGUUUCCCGCGGCGGCUCCGAUGGCAGCCCCAAUCGCACCCCCGCUUGUUUCCUCAGCUCGUGGCAAGAACACCAGUGAAUGCGUGAUGUCAGAAAGUCCCCCUAAUGGAAAACGCCCCUCACCCACCCCAAGCAAGCCCUUGGAGUCAGGAGGAGAAGAGUACGUGGCCAUGUACACUUACGAGAGCAGCGAGCAGGGCGACCUGAGUUUCCAGCAAGGAGACGUCGUCACGGUGACCAGGAAGGAGGGCGACUGGUGGACAGGCACAGUCGCGGGCAAGACCGGGGUUUUCCCCUCCAAUUACGUCAAACCGCGGGACACCUCAUCGGAUUCUUUAGGACCAGCAGGAAAAACGGGGAGCCUUGGCAAAAAACCAGAGAUCGCCCAGGUGAUUGCCCCCUACUGCGCAACGGGAGCGGAGCAGCUAACGUUAGCGCCGGGCCAGCUUAUCCUCAUCAGGAAGAAGAACCCAGGCGGCUGGUGGGAGGGCGAGCUUCAGGCCCGGGGGAAAAAGCGACAAAUUGGAUGGUUUCCGGCCAAUUACGUCAAGCUGCUCAGCCCCAGCACCAGCAAGACCACGCCCACUGAGCCCACGCCGCCAAAACUAGUCCCCACCAACACUGCCGUGUGCCAGGUGAUCGGCAUGUACGACUACGUGGCGCAGAACGAUGACGAGCUGGCCUUCCAGAAGGGUCAGGUGAUCACCGUGCUCAACAAGGACGACUGCGACUGGUGGAAAGGCGAGCUGAACGGCCAUGAGGGCCUUUUUCCCAGCAACUACGUCAAGCUCACCACCGACACCGACCCCAGCACACAGUGGUGCGCCGACCUGCAUCUGCUGGACAUGCUGAGUCCCAUGGAGAGGAAACGUCAAGGCUACAUCCACGAGCUCAUCGUCACGGAGGAGAAUUACGUCAACGACCUGCAGCUCGUCACUGAGAUCUUUCACAAGCCUCUGCUGGAGUGUGAGCUGCUGAGUGAGAAGGAGGUGGCCAUGAUCUUUGUCAAUUGGAAGGAGCUCAUCAUGUGCAACAUCAAGCUGCUCAAAGCGCUGCGGGUGAGGAAGAAGAUGUCGGGCGAUCGCAUGCCUGUCAAGAUGAUCGGCGACAUCCUCACCAAUCAGCUGCCACACAUGCAGCCGUAUAUCAGGUUCUGCUCGUGUCAGCUGAACGGAGCCACGCUGAUUCAGCAGAAAACCGACGACAAUCCCGAAAUCAAAGAUUUCCUCAAGAGGUUAGCCAUGGACCCCCGCUGCAAGGGGAUGCCGCUCUCCAGCUUCCUGCUCAAGCCCAUGCAGAGAGUCACUCGCUACCCGCUCAUCAUUAAGAACAUCUUGGAAAACACUCCUGAGUCACAUCCGGACCACAGUCACCUGAAAGCUGCUCUGGAGAAGGCGGAGGAGUUGUGCUCGCAGGUGAACGAGGGCGUGAGGGAGAAGGAGAACUCUGAUCGUCUGGAGUGGAUCCAAACGCACGUUCAGUGUGAAGGCCUGUCUGAGCAACUGGUCUUCAACUCUGUGACCAACUGUUUGGGUCCCCGCAAGUUCCUUCACAGCGGCAAACUUUUCAAAGCCAAAAGCAGCAAAGAGCUCUACGGCUUCCUCUUCAACGACUUCCUGCUGCUGACGCAGGUCACCAAGCCUCUGGGUUCAUCCGGAUCCGACAAAGUCUUCUCGGCCAAAACACACCUGCAGUACCGCAUGUACAAGACGCCCAUCUUCCUCAACGAGGUUCUGGUGAAAUUGCCGACGGACCCGUCGGGGGACGAGCCCCUCUUCCACAUCUCGCACAUCGACAGAGUUUACACCCUCAGGGCCGAGAGCAUCAAUGAGCGGACGGCGUGGGUCCAGAAAAUCAAGGCGGCCUCCGAACUCUUCAUUGAAACCGAGAAGAAGAAGCGAGAAAAGGCCUAUCUAGUGCGUUCCCAGAGGGCAACAGGCAUCGGCAGGCUGAUGGUCAACAUCGUGGAGGGAAUCGAACUCAAGCCGUGUCGCUCGCACGGUAAAAGCAACCCUUACUGUGAGGUCACCAUGGGCUCGCAGUGCCACAUCACCAAAACUCUGCAGGACACGCUGAAUCCCAAGUGGAACUCCAACUGCCAGUUUUUCAUCAAGGACUUGGAGCAGGACGUCCUGUGCGUUACCGUGUUUGAACGGGACCAGUUCUCACCCGACGACUUCCUGGGCCGGACCGAGAUAAGAUUGGCCGAGAUCAAGAAGGACCAGGGCUCCAAGGGACCAAUCACCAAGCGAUUACUGCUGCAUGAGGUUCCCACAGGCGAGAUAGUGGUCAGAUUGGACCUUCAACUAUUCGAGGAGCCCUGAAAACCUGCACCGGGAUCCUUUCUAUCAGGAACAACUAGACACAACUGGACCUGGCUUGAAGAUGGAAGAGAGACUUUCUUAUUCUUGUUAUUUAUUGACUGACCAGAAGAAGUUGAAUCAUCAUCUGGUAAGUUGGACCACGAGGCAGCUCGCUUACAAAACUUCACGUUCAUCAAACAACGCAAUUUUGAUGGGCAGAACUCAAGUGAAAGCCACAAUGUGAGGCAACGUUUUUUUGUGCGCUGUUUUUGACUUCCGAUUUAGCUGUACAUCAUCCCCUCCCCCCCAGAUACUCACUCCAGUGACAAUCUGUGCGUAUGUAUGAGAAAUUUACAGACUUAACAGAAGAUAUUAACAGCGCUAAUCAGUUAGCAGCAGUAGAAGCCGAGUGUUGAGGAUAACCGAUUUAUCAUUUCUUUUGUACCCAUGUGGAUAGUUAACUGUUUUUCCCCUCUCACUUUGUACCAAUGAAAAUUAUGAAUUUACGUUUUCCUUUUUUUGGUCACUCAUAAGGAUAUGAGCUUGUUUUUUUUUUUUCUUCUAUGAGGCAGAUUACCUUUGUCUUAAUUUUACUGUAAAGGGUAUUUAGUUGAAUUUGUUUCUCCAUUAUUUUUUGGGAAUUAUGAUGAAUAUUCAGUUUUUCCAUUCAGUGACACAUUCGACCUCUCUCCUCUUUAGGUUGUUACGCACACACGCACACAUACAUACGCACAAAGUGGGCUGAAGUUAUUUAUCUCAAAGAGGAACGCUGUGUACCAUGUUUCCCCAACACUGUAAACAACCGACGGUUACCUUAGCGACCAGCCACUGUCCAAACAGCUGUGGGUGGUGUAUCUUCACAAUGAGAAAAAUGUCUUAAGCCUGUAUUUUCCUCCUGAGACCCCCUUGUACCCUCUCACACUGUACUAAAAGUAAGCUAAUGACCCCUUCAUACUGUCUGCCUUCCCGGCUACUAUAGAAAUACUACUGAGAAAACUGAAGAGUUAAUAUAUGACCGCUGGACGAUAGAAGACGGACGUCGCGCUACUGUAGAUGAAUAUGUGUGUACUUUGUUGUCUUUUCAGUGUUAAUAAAGUUCAAAAUAAACUUCAGUUGGACCAACA